UAAACAAACUUAGGAGGAAGUGUGGGGAAACUCAGGUCAGCCUUACUGUCAGGUGUGCAGGACAAUCUCUGGCGUGAAGAAGCGAUGGCAGAGGGCGAGGAUGCAAAGGUCGUGAUCGUAGGAUGCGGGAUCGCCGGGAUAGCAGCCGCACGCAGGCUCAUAGAUGCGGGAUAUGAGCAGGUGAGAAUCUUGGAAGCCACCGGAAGAGCCGGAGGACGAAUCAAAACAAACAAACUCGGUAAUAAAAUAAUAGAAAUAGGAGCAAGCUAUCUUCACGGCCCAUCAAAGGAGAACCCAGUGUUUUGUCUGGCGCGUGAUUAUGACCUCCUGGAUCCAGAGGCUCUCACUCCAGAGAACCAGGCCGCAAAUGUUGAUGAAUAUCCUCCAUGGGUUGCCAACUGGUUCACCAGUUCAGGGCAAAAGGUAGAUGAUGACUGCAUGAAUCCUGCUCUGGAGUUGAUUCACGAGCUUGUGGACAACACUCCAGAAUCUAAAAAACACAAACAAACAUGGGAAAGUGUUGGUCAUUUCUUGCGGUCAGAGGCCCGCCGAAGGGCAGAAAAGAUGUGGAAAAAGGAAGAUAAAGCCACCAAGAAGCUGCUGUUUUGUGCUCUAAGUGCCUUGUUGAAGUUUGAAUGUUGUGGAAGUGCGGUCCACACCAUGGAUGACCUCGACUUAAAUGGAUUUUCUACGUACGAAAGCAUCCCUGGAGUGGACUGUAUGUUCCCGAGUGGCUUUGAAGGCCUCAUCAGCAGCCUGAUGUCGGAGCUCCCCCCUGGCUUAGUGUCCUACAACCAUCCUGUCCAGAGUAUCUGUUGGAACAACUCUGAGGCUGGAGCUCACCCUGUGACAGUGGAGUGUGCCAAUGGAGAGAAGAUCCCUGCUGAUCACGUUAUCGUUACAGUUCCUCUAGGAUACCUGAAGAAGCACCACUCCACCCUGUUCUCUCCACCUCUUCCAAAGCAGAAGCUGCGCUCCAUCGAAAAACUGGGAUUUGGAACAUGCAACAAAAUAUACGUUGAGUUUGAGAAGCCGUGGUGGGACGCUGACUGUGACAUCAUCUACCUGGUGUGGGAAGAUGAGGAGGAUAUUUCCGACCACGUGUCUGAUAUAAGCAAGCUUUGGACACGUAAAAUCCCAUCCUUCACGGUGAUCAAACCCCCUGAAAGCGGCAGCCAUGUUCUCUGCGGCUGGAUUUCUGGGCAUGAGGCCGAACACAUGGAGACGCUUCCAGAGGAGGAGGUUAGGCAUUCUAUGACGGAGCUCAUCCGUACUUUCACAGGGGACUCCACCAUCAGACCAAAGAGAAUUCAGUUUAGCCGUUGGUUCCAUGAUCCCUGGACAUUUGGAUCCUACAGUCACCCAGCACUGUCCUGCUCUGCACAGGACAUCAAGAACUUGAUGGAGCCCCUACCCACCAAAGGAGGGCAGUCACAGCUCCUGCAGGUGUUGUUUGCUGGAGAGGCGACCCAUCCCUGUUAUUACUCCACCGUUCACGGAGCUCUGCUCUCUGGGUGGAGAGAGGCGGACAGACUCAUCUCCCACCAGUUUUAAGCUCCACUUUGAAACCAUGAUGUUCUAAAUUUUCUCAAUACAGUGUAUUUCAAUCUUUUUCAAUCAUGGGAAUAAUAAGAUUUUUAAAAACAGUAAAACCUUAAUGUCUAUUACCAUGAAAAUUUGAGUUAAUUUUAAACUUAUUUUGAAAGAGAAUUUCUAGUGAUCAUAUAGAUUUAUUUGAUUACUUAGAAUAAAAAAUAAAUGAAUAACCAGGGGCUUUCUUUAUAUUUUGUCAUUACAUCUUGCUGCUAUUGAAUCAAUAAAAACUGUUCUGUAUCUUA